AGGCGCUCAACCUCGACUUAUACCAUUUUCAUUUCCCUCCUCUGAAAUCGAUUGGGGGAAAAAGAACUCGUCGCCAUUUCCGAACAAAAUCAAGCGCGUCUCGAGGACAAUAUAUAUAUAUUUUUUUAAAUGUGUUCCUGAGGCGUCAAAGCUAGAGAUGUGAUUGCCAAGAUUGAAAGUCGUCGUCACUUGGACUGAAGAGACAGAUGCCACCUUGAAUUUCAUUGAAAUCUAGAAGCUUCUCCUACCACUGAAGUUUUAACGGAAAGCAGAGCAUUGAAAGUUCCUUUCUAAUGAUAAAAUUGAUUUAGUAAAUGGGAAUUGAGGUCCCCAUUUGUAUGCAGAAGAUCACAUUAAAAGAAAUAAGUUUGGGAUCCUCUAUUGAUAUAUCCUACCCAUGGGUUCAUUCGUUAAGGAGAAGACCUCCGUUUUAUUGGCAGGGUUGGUGUUCCUUGGCUUCAAGUGUUUGAAACUCUGCUACAGGAUUAUUGAAGAAAAUUGUUCUCUGAAUUAAUCCAGAUUAACUCAGUUUCCAUUUCUAACUACCAACAUGUUGCAAGAACCUGAAGAAAAAUCAGACUGUUCCAGAGAACUCAAUAUCAGCUUUGGUUACCAAUGCAACUCCAAUCAAGACAACUCUACCAAAGUUAACUGUGAGUUUGAACUCUUUGGUGGAAUUCAAAUUCCAGAAUCCAACUUCAAAUUCAGAAGUAGCUCCUUUUCUUGUUUGUCCGGUGCUGCCCUCAGUGCAAAUUGCACCUUAGCCAAUACCAAUAUAUGUAAUGGUCUUAUUGGUGAGGAAAUAUUGCCUGGCUUGGAUUCUCCAAGAUCAUUUAGGAGGCUGACUUCUUCUCCUUCUCUUUCGAGUAUGGAUCUCCUGUCAUCUUCUCAAAGUAGUUUAUCUACAUUGGGAGGUAGUAUGUCAAUGGAUAGCGAUAUGCUUGAAAACAAUACUAGCCUUUGGAAAUCAAUGAGCGCACCAACAAAGGUAGAAUCUUCUAGCUUUCUUAAUGCUAUGGAUGUGCAAAUGGCCGGUGGAGCUGCUGGCGAAGAUAGAGUUCAAGCAGUGUGUUCCGAAGAAAACGGAUGGCUAUUUUGUGGGGUAUAUGAUGGAUUCAAUGGGCGUGAUGCUGCAGAUUUUCUAGCUGGGACCUUAUAUGAAAACAUAGGGUUCUAUUUUCAUCAGCUAGAAUGGCGUAUUAAGAAACAAGGUGAAAGUGGUGCCCCAUAUCAGUACAAUGCUUUUGAAUGUGCCAAUGAUUUGUCUUCGGCUAUUGGUGCGUUGAAUAUUGGAAGCCAGCAAUCAACAUAUUCUGCUUCAGAUGGAGGAAUUUUAUCUGAAGCUUUCCGUGUUGGUGUAUUGGAUUGUCUUGUGCGUGCUCUAGCCCAAGCUGAGAGUGAUUUCAUGUACAUGGUUGAACAAUCAAUGGAGGAUCGGCCAGAUAUAGUUUCUGUUGGAUCUUGUGUCCUUGCCGUUCUUCUCCAUGGACAAGAAUUAUAUAUUUUAAAUCUUGGGGAUAGUAGAGCUGUGCUAGCUACAUGCGAUGUUGCUGAAAAUGGUCCACUACAUGCCAUCCAAUUGACGGAAAUUCAUACAGUUGAUAAUGAGUUUGAAUACAAGAAUCUCAUGGAUAGUCACCCAGAUGAUCCUUCACCAAUUGUUGGUGGAAGAGUGAAAGGAAAGCUGAAAUUAACUCGUGCCUUUGGUGUUGGCUACCUAAAGAAGAGAAAACUGAAUGAUGCACUUAUGGGCAUUCUUCGAGUCCGCAACUUAUGCAGUCCGCCAUAUGUUUCUACUCAUCCAUUCACGAUGAAUCGUAAAGUUUCAGAGAAUGAUUUAUUUGUGGUACUAGGGAGUGAUGGAUUGUUCGAUUUCUUUACAAAUGAAGAAGUUGUGGAGCUUGUUCACCAAUUUAUCCAAGACAAUCCAGCAGGUGAUCCUGCAAAGCAUUUGGUUGAGCUGCUUGUACUCAGGGCAGCUGAAAAUGCAGGUUUCAGUAUUGAAGAAUUGAUGAGAGUUCCUGCUGGAAGACGAAGAAAGUACCACGACGAUGUGACGGUCAUCGUGAUUAUGCUUGGUAAUAAGCAGAGGACAUCAACAGCAUCCACCUCGCUCUAGGUUGGAUUCAAACACCGAAAAGAAAAACUGCUAGUGUGUAUUUAUGUGAGGAGUAUUAUGUUCUUUUAUGCGUACACAAAUGGGUGAGAAUUGUUUGUACAUACUUAAUAGCCAAGUAAUAGUUAUUUGCUUGUUUUUGGAUUUUAGCUAAA